CCUGUACAAAUGCCACAAUACUAAAACUAAACCGGUCGGUAAAACCAGUUAUGAUGUCUUUUGUUCUUUAUCAGCUGAUUGACUCCGUAUGAUGUGUCGACAUGAAAUAGUGUAUGUCACACCACAGGACUCAUAUGGACGUUGUACAUGGCUUCAGAAGUUGCGGUUAUGGAUCGUCUUUUGCGCAUGUUGCUUCUGGCGGUCCUGUGUUGGCUUGCGCACAGUGAACAGAUCAAACCAGCUAUUGCUGAUGAGCAGUUGCUCUGGGUUGGUGGUCAAACUGGAGAAGUACACACCUACAGGAUCCCCCUUCUCACCUAUACUCCUCAAGGAAGUCUGCUGGCUUUUGCAGAAGCACGGAAGAUGUCUUUCAAAGAUACUGGAGCCAAGUUCAUAGCCUUGAGACGUUCCACAGAUGAAGGAGUCACCUGGUCCCCCACCUCAUUCAUAGUGGAUGAUGGUUCUCUAGCAGAUGGGUUAAAUCUGGGUUCAGUUGUUGUAGAUGAGGAGACUGGUGCAGUGAUCCUCAUCUACUCUAUUUGCUUCCACCAUUACCACUGCAAGCCCUCAAGCACCAUGCUGGUGGAGAGUCUGGAUGAUGGUCUCACCUGGAGUGUCCCAAGAAACCUUAACCCUCAGCUGGGGCUCAAGAGCUUUGCUCCUGGACCAGGCUUCGGUAUACAGAAGCGUCAUCCACCUGCUGUUGGGCGUUUGGUGGUGUGUGGCCACGGCACCAUCGCUGGAGAUGGAGUGUUCUGUAUCCUUAGUGAUGAUCAUGGAAAAACAUGGAGAUAUGGAGCCGAAUUGAAGAGUAUCCCAUACAACCAACCCAAAAAGAACCUUGAUUUUGACCCAGAUGAGUGUCAGCCAACGGAGCUGGACGAUGGCAGCAUUGUGAUCAAUGUGCGCAACAAUAGGAACUAUCACUGUCACUGUCGUAUGGUUGUGCGCAGUCUGGAUGGAGGCGAGUCUCUGCCUGUUGAGGAGCUGGUGUUUGAUCAGACUCUGGUGGACCCUGCGGUCGCAGCUGGAGCUUUACAGAAGGAAGGAGUGCUUUACUUCACCAACCCAUCCAACUCUAAUAGCAGAGUUAACCUCACCCUUCGCUGGUCUCUGAAUCAUGGUAAAUCAUGGGUAAAAGAUACAUUGAAGAUCUGGGCAGGGCCGAGUGGAUACUCCUGUAUGACAUCACUUAAAGGCAAUGGAACUGACAAUCACAAGUACAUUUAUGUCAUCUUUGAGAAAGGUCAUACAGACUACUUUGAGUCCAUCUCCUUUGUAAAAGUUGACCUGUACAGCAAACAAUGAAAAAAGGCACUUCUUUCAAGUCAAAAGAAGCUUGAAAAUGUGAAAAAGCUAAGUGGUGAUGAAAAGGCAUUUUUUGUUUUUAUUUAAAACAUGCUUUUAGUCAUACAAUUUAUAAUCUAUUUGUGGAAUAUUCAUGAUUUGUGGAAUCAAUUGCCUUUAAAGUUCAUGUGGUGAUACAGUUACAUGUAAGAUGUGUUAUGGAACUUUUUUGUUUUUUUGUUUUUUGUUUUUAUAAAAAUGUCUUCAUUUCACUUUGGAAAGUGGCUUACAGUGCAUUCAAAGUAUACAUUUUAUCAGUACGCAUGUUCCCUAGGAAUUGAACCCACCACAUAUCAUUGCUAGUGAUUCUUAACCAAAGGAUUUUGUUUUUAAUAACUUUGAAAGUAGUUGCAUUUGUAGUAUUAGACUUUCACUUGUUAGUAUGAUUAAAGAAAGAUUAUUUAAAGUUUGAUCAGCACAGGAUCAAGUCUAAACAAGACAAAAUUAAUUUAAUUUAACUAAUAAUGUACUGCAAAGCAAAAGCUGUUUUUACUUCAGGAUAAUCUGUGGAUUCAGAACAUGUGAGAUUGAGAUAAAAUGCUUGUUGUUCCUUUGGGUUUUGUGUCAUGUGAGUGCAUGCAUUUCCAUAAAUAUGAUUGUUGAGUGCCACCAUUAUUCUGGUUUGUUUGUUGGAUGUUAAAGGUUCACUCAGUAACUUUUGUCUUUGUGUCAAUAAAAAUCUUAUACUGACA